AAAAUGAACGAGCGGUGAGGAUACAACGAAGCCAUUAGCGAACGCUCCAAUAAAGAUCUAUCAAAGCUGUUUAGAUCUGAAGCACAACUUCAAACCAAUCUCAAUUCUCCAGCGUCCGAUCACCCCUUAGAAUCAAUCAACCCAAUCAGCUUUCACUUCCUCUUUUCGCGCCAAAUACAAAUCACUCUACAAAGGGUUUAGGGUUUGUGUGGUGAUGAUGGCGGAUGUUUCAGGGAGUCCGGAAAGCGGCGGUGAACACUCGAACAUCCGGGAGCAGGAUAGGUUCCUGCCCAUCGCUAACAUAAGCCGGAUCAUGAAAAAAGCAUUGCCUGCUAAUGGUAAGAUUGCUAAAGAUGCUAAAGACACCCUUCAGGAAUGCGUUUCUGAAUUCAUCAGUUUCGUCACUAGCGAGGCCAGUGAUAAGUGUCAGAAAGAGAAGAGGAAGACGAUUAAUGGUGACGAUUUGCUCUGGGCAAUGGCUACACUAGGUUUUGAAGAUUAUAUUGAACCUCUCAAGGCUUAUCUGUCUAGAUACAGAGAGUUAGAGGGUGAUACAAAGGGAUCUGCUAGAGGUGGAGAUGGAUCUAGCAAGAAAGAUACAGUUGGAUCUCAGAUUGUUCCAAAUGCACAGUAUGCUUAUCCAGGAUCUUAUACACAAGGCAUGAAUUAUAUGUAGAACCAUUUGUUGCUUAAUAUGGGUAUGGCUAGAUUUUGACCCUUUUGUAUAGAAUAUUUUGCAGCCAAGGGGACAUGAUAUUUUGCCACUCGUUCAUUGGUUUGCUACUAAAUGGUCUCAAUACAUCAACAAAUGUGUAUGUGUGUAGGAUGAUGUUUAUCUGCCAUUGUUUUUUCUUAUGGCUGAGGUUUUGUGUUGAUUAGUAAUUUAUCCUUGGUUUAAUUGUUA